CCGUCCAUUUGCCUUACUUUCCUUGCGUACCUUUUGAAACUUUGAAACAACUCCGAAAAGCAAUUAAUCAAACCACCUAAAAAGCAACACCAUCUGAAAAACGAAACUCUUGUAAGCAACUAUUACUCUCAAAACAACAACCUAAAACCUUAUUCAACUUCAAACAUCACAUUGAUUCCAUGGACGAAUCUUACAUUACCAGAUUAGAGCAAUCUCCAAAGGAAUAUUACCCAAACCAACAAAACGGCACCACACGAACGUCGUCUAUGUCAUCCUCCUCAACAACAAGCGUCCACGUAACAGCCCUAGACGGACUAGUAAACGUCAACUCCCUUUUCACAAUCGCCGUAUUCGUCGGCCUGUCGUUAACAACACCAGGCCAACGCAGCCUCGAAAAUCGUUCCUCAUGCGACGCUGGUGUCGACGUGGCAAAGAAGCUUCUAGUCUUCGAAGUAGUUUCAUUCAGUUUCUUCCUCUUUUCUUCAUUAGUAGCACAAGGUCUCAAACUUGCUCUCAAUCUUUUGAACAGUAAGGAUGUUGAUGAGGCUUUUCGAGCUCAUAUUAAUCUUAAGGCACUUAGGCUUGGGAUGUUGGGCUCCGCAUUGGGCUCUGUUAUGGGCUGCUUGUUUCUUAUGCUUUCAAUGGUGAAUGUUAUUGAGAUCAGGUUGGGGAUGUUGUCUUGUGGGAGUAAAUCUGCUGCUCAUGCUGUUACUGUUAUGGUUAUUUUGGUUUCUUCUGCUCUUUUGCUUUAUAUCUCUACUGCUAUUUAUGCUUUUACUCACUGAUAUUUUAAAUUGAUCUUUCAUUUCUUUGUAUGUUGUUUUGUCAGAUCAAAUGCUUGUCAUUGCCUAUUUCUCUUUUUUUUAAUGGCAGAAAAUUUAUUGUGUUUCUUCCUUGAACUUGAGAUUCUCUUCAAUCAAUGUGGUGGAUUGAGUUUAGGCA